UGGAGGUGGCGACCCGCCCGGUGUGAAGGCCGCGUCCGCGGGCGUCUUUGCGAUGGCGGCGGCGAGAGAGGAGGGACUGGAUUUUAAUGGUGGAUUCCUUUUUCUGUUCGACCGCUCUGAUAGCAAAGCCCAGCGCCAUGGUGGCUAAGUCUGCCAGGAUGGUGUGCCACGGUGGCAAAACCACCCCCCAAAACCACCACAGGGGGUUAGUUAAACGGUUUAACAAAGAUUAAUGUACAUCUUAGACUGUUUUAAAGGCGCGAAUCGGAUCCUGGCGGCCCUCUCCCACCUCAGGCACUCUCAGCUGUCGGUGUGGUGGCGUGCUUCGGUUCGCUGACUUCGGCUCUUCUCUGCCCUUCUGCAUCGAGGUCUGCACCUCCUCGACUGGUCGCCGACCUCCUGUCAUCCUGCCUCGACCUCGGCCAUCGACCACAGAUUCAAGACAUGGAGGAUUACCCAGCCAUAGGUGUCACUUAUUUUGGGGAGUUUGAUGACAAUAAGAGCAGCUGUAGAAAGCUUCUAGAUAGGGCAUAAUCGAUAUCGCUGAUGCAGGAAGCCACAACCAGAUACCAUGGCUUCUGCAAGCCUUAUCACAUGCUGACAAGGUCUCUUCUUUUUACCAUUUUCUAUGUUUUUUCCCAGUCUAUAUUUGUUUCAAUAGAUCUUCAGAGUUAUGAAGAAACCGACAUAUGCAUACAUAAACCAUGAAAAGUACAUCGGUGAUCAGCUCUACCUCCCUGCUUCAUUAAACUUGUAGAGCUUACAUAACAUUUCAACAUGUUGCAGAACUGAAAAACAUGGUUCAUAGGAUGCUACUCCACCAUGCUGCACUUUUUUUUUUUUGCCCUUUCAGCUAUUUUCUUUCAUGCAUUAAUCUGCCAAUGGUGCCCUUAUAUUUGAUGCAAGCUCUUUCUAAUGAUUUUUAGAUCCUAACUGCCCCACCAAAAUAUAUAUUGUUGUCGAUUCGCCUUUUAGAUGUGCUGCCCAUAAUGUUCUUCACCACUGGUGGUGCUUACAGAGAUGCAACUUAAUCAGAAACCCAAACUGAGUUGCAUGUGAGGUAACAAAUAGAUUGUCUACACCACUUGGCAAAGCAAAAUACAAAUGAUCUUUAUUUCAGACCUGCCUUAAUAUAUUGCACGCUACAUCCAAGGGUGAGUUUCAUGUAUUUUGCUCUGCCAAGUGACAAGUUAUGUUUAGCUAUGGAAAAAAUAAGCUGAUUCAGUUAGUUUGUUUGUUCAUUUUGUCAGAGAAAUACUAGAUAAUGCCAUGGGACAAGUAGGCUCCAAAUCUUUUAGUACUUGAUUUAUAGUAUCUCAGUACUAAAUAACCAUCCACCUAACCAAAUAAAACUAGCUAUACACAUCAUGCCGAAUAGAAAUUAACUUACCACCAUGUAGUGCAUUUUUAGUCACUAAGCCUUUCCAUUUAGGCUCUGAAAACUGCUAUCACUUAGUAACAUUUCUUAGUUGGUUAUGCAUACUUUGUCAUGAAUCUCUAGUAAUUUUUCCCUUGCACAGAGAAAGCAAAAAUGCUUAACCACAAGAACCCACCUUUUUGUCUCCACCUGUUGGGGAAAACCCUUUUGUGUAUGUUCGCCCAUUGGUCAGUACUUGGCGUUUGCUUUAGAAGAGCCUGCUGCUGUUUUAGUCAACUACAUAUUUUGGUAUGGAGAGGGACCUGUAAUGCACAUGUCUCCUAGCAACAUGUUCAAGACAGAUGUGUAUUGGAGCAAAGUCUAAACAAGAAUGCAGUGCUCCAUCCACCGGCCCUUCAGCAUUCACAGAUUCACCUUUUAGUGGCAGAGGACCACAAACUUUGUGAGCAGGCCUGUAGGGGAACUCUGCUCCAGUAAACAGUUUUACUACGUGGAAGCACAAGUCCAGCUAGUCAUGCAAAACCCAAGGAAUCCACUUCUAUUGAGGUGUGUACGAUUUUCCUUUUUUCAGUCCCAGACACCGGGUAUCAAUUGAAGCAUUCCUUCGUAACUCUGGACAGACUGCCUCUUUUUUGAUGUUGUAACAAUUUUCAGCCUAUGGCCGAGUAAAUACCUUUCUCGGAUACUGCUUGAAACUUUGUAUUGAGUGGGAGGAAUUGUUACUGCCCAUUACAUGUUGAAAUCAUUCAAGGUCCUAAGCAGUGAGACUCGAGAUGAAGCUGAAGGUAUCCCUUACUGCUACUUAUUGCUGGAAGGGUAUACUUCUACAUGCCAUGUCAGUGCUUUGCCUGCAACAAUGCUGGCUCUGAGAUGAUUCAUGGCAUGUGAUUGUGAAACAGCAUUCACUCUUUACCGAAAGGGUAGUUGGAGCUGUUCACUCACCAAAAUAAAGGAAACGGCAUUCUGAGAGUGCUCUCACUGCAAGAAUCCCAAAAGCAAUGGCUCAAGAGAUCGCAUUGUACGUAGUGGGCUGGGUACAGAGGAAUCUAGUGGGAAUCCUGGAGCAAGUAUACUGGGAGAAUAGCAGGCAUGAGCUACGUCUCAGUGGAUCCUCCAUCAUUGGAAGAUGGAUCCUUGUAGCAUGUGCUGAGUGUGCAGCAGGAGUUAUUUGGGUCUGAUUGGUGCCAAGCAGGGUACUGCUCUCGUGUAGGGCAAAAAGGCCACAAUUUGCUUGCACCCACUGAGGAAGCUUGUUAGGUUCCCCAUUUUUUUUGUGCCCCACCCACAGCAGGUGGGCGUUGGUUUCCUGGGGAGGAAACUGGGUUUGUGUAAGUUGUAUUAUGUGCAUAUUGUAUGCAUAUCUUCUUAAUGCUAGCAACAAAGAAAAUGGUGUCUGGUUAUCAGUCAGUGGAGAAUACAAGAAGUUAGGUGAAUGACUGAAUGGUGAACCCAUUGUAUAUAUAUCGCUAUGUUGCUCAACAGAGCACACCACACCGGAAUUGCAUCAUUAGUUUCAGUCCUGCUUCACACCUGGCCCUGUUUUCCUUGACUUUUUAGCUGUGAUCAACCUAUAAGGUCAGCUAAAAAAAAUGCUUUCCUUGUCCUUGGAACUUAUCGGAUUACCACUCGUUAUAGUUCACCCAUGAGAAAAUUUUGCUUCUGCUUACUACCCUCAUUAAAAUUAGAAUUACAUAGUUCCUCCUAUGUUUUCAUGUUCUUUACAUCUCCAUUAGAGUCGAGACUCAUAGCUGGCUGUGCUGCAUAAAAGUAGGAGUAGGUGAGGUGGAAAGCAAAUUAGCAGUAGGUUAAGGUAGUAAGAUAAUGAGGACACCUCUCUUGAAUUUGAAACUUUAUCGAAAUAUUCGACCGUCCAUCAUUGCAUUAGAUUGUUUCAGUUCCGGUAAAAUUUUGGUUCAUUCGAGUAGAACAUGGGAUUUUGGCUGAGUGCAACAGCAAUUCUGGAAAUUCUUUGUUUGUUUGGAGUUGACAUUUUGAAUUGUUAGGCCCUACCAAGCAGAGAUGUUGGGAACACCACUAUUUUGUAGGGAUCUUCUGGAUGCAAAAUGAAAUUAGGUAUAGCACUUGGUCAGUCGGUUUGUAGGGGGUCAUUUGUCAGGUGCAGUGCCACGAUAGUGUGUUAUAACAUGAAUUGCUGACGGCUGGCAACUUAGGUCUAAUAAUUCCUUGAUGCUGUGUUGGAAACAAGACGGUCCAUGAACAAUCAUUGAAAAAGUUCAAGAAUGCUUAAAUUUCCGAUUUACUGGUGUCCCGAUUCAAAGAAUCGUCCUAAAAAAUGUUUUGGGCUAGUGAUUUUCAUGGUACCGGACACUGAUGUAGUUACAAUUGUGCCAGAUGCUGCCAGUUCUUGUUGUUCGUGGAUGCUUCUAGGAUACUGUUUCAGGCAAACAGUUCUGUGGAUACUUCUUGCUUAGCUUCAGGAAUAGAACACACAUUUCAUAACAUAGUAGCUUACAUAACUCUCUGAGAAUCAUUAGUAUUUAACUGCAUGAGAUCAUUGCUGGGGCAUUAGGUAUGGCAGGAUAAAUCAUGGCACACAAUGGUUGCAGUUGCUUUUGCUAAUAUAUUAACUUCUAUCCUUUUUAGGCAUCUUUGCUUUAGCAGGCUUAGCUCUUACAGUUUAAGCAUUAACUAUGUACUUAAUUCUUGCCAUGAAAAAAAAAGUAUAUUCUCAUGCUUAUUGAGAGCCUAUUACACCUCAUGUACAGUUCUGUGAUUAAACUAUAUCACUAGGGUCUGAUAUCCUAUGCAUGUUCUCUUUUGUGAGACCUUGACACACGUCUGCCUGAGUCACUAAGUGAUCCUCCAUGACUCACCUUUCUAUAUUAUUUUGGGAUGGGCGUACUUGAUCUGAAUCAAAAUGAGACUCUUACAUAGAGUAUAUAGGGCACACAACUAGCUUAGCUAGGCCAUGCAUUCAAAAGCUGUGCAUAGAACUCUAGAAGACAGGCACCUUCAGAACUUCCUCCUCUCUACUCGUAUUUCCCUACUGUCUUCUAACUCAUCAAACAACAAAGAGUCCCACUAGAUUGCCUCGGCACCGACCUCUUGAAAAGAACCAGGAUUCUUAUAAAUCAUCCGCAUCAGUCUUCACAGUGUCUUCUGGAGAUGCACACAACAUAUCUCCCCCAUCCUUCUCUCUCGCCCAUGCCUUCAUAAAAAGCAAAGUUGGGUGGUUAUUUGUAUCACCAUGAAGUUUGAAGCCAACACAUCCAUUUCUUGCUAGUAAGAUCAAGAAAAAACCCAUCGAAGCCUACUUCCUACCUAAAUCUUCAUGGAUCCUUGGAGUGAAAGUGAGGGCAAGAGAGCCCAUGAUCCUAUCUUCAAAUGUUUCAGCCAAAACCACCACUUCAAGGAAAUGAGCACAGAUGCUGCUGUUGCUCUCUCUGAGAGAUGUCCAUGCAUCUGGGUUUCAGGUCCAAUUAUCGUUGGUGCAGGACCAUCAGGGCUUGCUGUUGCUGCAUGUCUCAAGGAGAAGGGGAUCAGCAGCCUUAUUCUUGAGCGCUCCAGCUGCAUAGCUUCCCUCUGGCAGCUCAAGACGUAUGAUCGUCUCAGCCUUCAUCUUCCUCGGAAAUUUUGUGAGCUUCCUCUGUUGCCUUUCCCUGCCAACUACCCGAUAUAUCCCUCAAAGCAGCAGUUUGUAGCCUACCUGGAGAGCUAUGCUGCAAGAUUUGGCAUAAGUCCCACGUACAAUCGCACAGUGGUGUGCGCAGAGUACGAUGAACAGCUUCUGCUAUGGCGUGUGAGGACGCAGACUUCUGGCACAACGGGACAGGAGGUGGAGUAUUUAUCCCGGUGGCUUAUUGUGGCAACUGGUGAGAAUGCUGAGGCUGUGCAGCCAGAUAUUGGUGGUCUACAAGAGUUCCCGGGAACAAUCAUGCACACCAGUGCAUAUAAAAGCGGCAGUGCAUUCACUGGGAAGCGUGUUCUUGUUGUCGGGUGUGGAAACUCUGGGAUGGAGGUGUGCCUAGACCUCUGCAACCACAAUGCAGAGCCCCAUAUUGUAGUAAGAGAUGCUGUACACAUCUUGCCCAGGGAGAUGCUUGGUCACUCCACCUUUGGUCUGUCAAUGUGGCUGCUCAAGUGGCUCCCAGUCCACGUUGUGGACCGUGUUCUACUGUGCAUAGCCUGGGCCAUGCUUGGGGAUACUGCUCAGCUCGGGCUAAAGCGGCCGGCCUUUGGUCCUCUUGAGCUCAAGUCACUGUCAGGGAAGACCCCAGUUCUUGACGUCGGCACAUUUGCAAAGAUUAAGUCUGGUGAUAUCAAGGUACGACCUGCCGUAAGACAGAUAUCAGGAAGAGUGGUAGAAUUUGCGGAUGGUGGGUUGGCGGAGUUUGAUGCCAUUGUGCUUGCGACUGGCUACAAGAGCAACGUUCCCUUCUGGUUGAAGGACCGAGAGUUAUUUUCUGAAAAAGAUGGCUUGCCAAGAAAAGCAUUUCCAAACGGGUGGAAGGGUGAGAACGGCCUGUACUCGGUUGGAUUCACCCGGCGUGGACUGAUGGGGACCUCGGUCGAAGCCAGGAGCAUUGCCCACGACAUCGAGCAGCAAUGGAAGGCCAAAGGGACGCAUCCGGAUGCUGGAUGAUUCCUCUAGCUCUCGUCACUGUUGUUGUUUACCAUGAUGACGGGAGCCGUGUCUGUCAUCUCGCUGAGAAGCUUGUGAAUAGACUAGUGGUAGGUUUACGAUAUUUGCCGACUUGGGUGGUGGGCUGCUGUGAGUUGCCAAAGGGUGUAUGCAUUCUGCUGCUCUGUUGCUUUGCUUGUGUAGUGCUUGUACGUAUAGGGUAUUGUACUGUCAAUUUUUGCGUUUGUUGGUUUUGAUGAUGACUAACCAUCCUAUAGGGCAUAGGCAUCCUCGAGGGGUUGAAUACUGAGGUGCCCAUGUUCUUCAGAAGUCGGCCUUAGUUGACUUGGCCUCUACUGAUAAUGAAUGAAUCUUGCCUGGUUUUGUGUACGGUUC